AUGCAGGAGGCCAUCCUCUUCCUGCUUCACCUGGGCGCCCUGUCAGUGGGACAUGCACUACACCUAAUCCACUUACCUGCUACAAGCAACGUGGCAGAGAAUUCUCCACCUGAGACUUCAGUGCACAAGUUUUCUGUGAGAUUAUCAGCAUCACUGUCACCUGUGAUCCCAGGGUUUCCCCUAAUCAACUCAAGUCCCCUCACUGAGGCCUUCAGGGUGAACUGGCUGUCAGACACUGACUUUGAGGUUGUCACCACCGGGAAGGAACACCUGGAUUUUGAAACAGGACCACACAUAUUUGAUUUGCAGAUUUGUGUGAAGGAUGACGUGGAUGUCACUGACCUGCAGGUCCUGACGGUCCAGGUAACAGAUGUGAAUGAGCCGCCUGAGUUUCAAGGCAAUUUGGCAAACGGUCUAGACCUCUACAUAGUGGAAGGAGCAAAGCCUGGAUUCAUCUACCAGGUGGAGGCUUUCGAUCCAGAAGACACAAGGCAAAACACACCCCUCAGUUAUUUCCUGAUUUCCCCUUCAAAGAGUUUCAGAAUGUCUGCUAAUGGGACCCUCUUCUCCACAACAGAAUUUGACUUUGAAGCAGGACACAGCAGGUACCUUCUCAUCGUGGAAGUGAGAGACAGCCAAGGGCUCAGAGCCUCCAUGGAGCUGCAGGUGAACAUCGUGAAUAUCAAUGAUGAGAUCCCUCGCUUUACCAGCCCAACGCACGUGUACACGAUUCCCGAGGAGCUGGGUCCAGGAGCAAUUGUGGCCAGUAUCACAGCUGAGGACCCUGAUGAUAAAGGUUUUACCAGCUUCCUCUUCUACAGCAUCACUACUGUCAACAGCUAUUUCAUGAUCAAUCAGUUGACUGGGACCAUCCAAGUGGUGCGCAGGAUAGACCGAGAUGCAGGUGAAUUAAGACAAAAUCCCGCCAUAUCUCUGGAGGUUCUGGUGAAGGAUAGACCCUCUGGGGGUCAGGAGAAUCGCAAGCAGAUAACCUUCAUUGUGUUAGACAUUAAUGACAACCCCUCGACAUGCACCAAGUUCACCUUCAGCAUUAUGGUGCCUGAGAGAGCAGCCGAGGGGACGUUGCUUCUGGACCUGAACAAGUUCUGCUUUGAUGAUGACAGUGAAGCACCACACAACCAAUUCAACUUCACCGCGCCAUCCGGAGUGGGGAGCAGCAGCCGAUUUUUACAGGAUCCAGCUGGCGCUGGGAGAAUCGUGUUGAUUGGUGAUCUAGAUUAUGAAAAUCCAAGUAAUCUAGCAGCCGGCAAUAAAUACACUGUGAUAAUGCAGGUGCAGGAUGUUGCCCCUCCUUACUAUAAAAAUAAUAUCUACAUUUAUAUCCUAACAAGCCCAGAAAAUGAGUUUCCUCUUGUCUUUGAUAGCCCAUCCUACGUAUUUGCCAUCAGUAAUCGCAGGUACUUUAUUCUUCCAGCUAGAACCCGGGUUGGACAGACACAAGCAACAGAUAAAGACUUCCCCCAGAGAGGCAUCGUGUACUCCAUCUCCACCGGAGGGGCCAGCCAGCACUACCCAAACAUAUUUUGGAUUAAUUCCCAAACGGGAGAACUCCAGCUGGUGACUAAAGCGGACUACGAGACAACCCCCAUCUACAUUCUCAGAAUCCAGGCCACCAACGGCGAGGACAGCAGCUCAGUCACUGUUACUGUGAACAUCAUUGACGAAAAUGAUGAAAAACCAAUCUGUACCCCAAACUCGUACUUCCUGGCCAUCCCAGUGGAUCUGAAAGUUGGCACAAAUAUUUACAAUUUCAAGCUCACGUGUACUGACCUUGAUUCCAGCCCCAGGUCUUUUCGUUACUCCAUUGGCGCAGGCAACAUCAACAGUCAUUUCACCUUCUCUCCCAACGCCGGGUCCAAUGUUACAAGCCUGAUCCUCGCGACUCGCUUUGACUAUGCUCGUGGGCUUGAUAAGAUCUGGAACUACAAACUACUUGUCUACAUAACUGAUGACAACUUGCUGUCCGACAGGAAGAGAGCCGGAGCGCUUGUUGAAACAGGCACAGUGACACUGAGUAUUAGUGUCGCUCCUCACCCAACCACGAUUGUCACCACAAGCCCCAGGCCCAGGAUCACCUACUGGAUCCUGAGGAAGAACGUGUAUUCUCCAUCAGCCUGGUAUGUGCCUUUUGUCAUCACUUUGGGCUCCAUGUUGCUUCUGGGUCUCCUGGUGUCCCUGAUCGUCCUGUUGGCCAAAGCCAUCCACAGACACUGUCCCUGCAAGACUGGGAAGCACAAGAAACCUCUGGUGAAGAAAGAAGCAAUCCAGGUGAACACUGACUUUGAUGGAGAAGCCGCAGACCCAGUUACUGGGGCAAUAUAUGAAUUCAACACAAGAACUGGAGCCAGAAAGUGGAAAGAUCCCUUAACCCAAAUGCCAAAAUGGAAGGAGUCCAGCCCUCAGGGAGCUGCUCCAAGAAGACCUGUCACUGGGGAAGGGACCGGGCCACCAAGGAGCACCCACAAGGAAGGAGAUGGGCUGAGCGACAAAGCACAGGCCAAGGAUACAGGCCCGUGGUCCAGAAACCAGGACGGCAAGCCAAGCACCCCAAAGAACAGAAACUCAGCCCUUACGGGUGGGGGGUCCCCCAAACCGCACCCAGAAACGUGA